GUGAGUGGGAUCUUGCCGAACGCUCGUGUAAGCAUUUAGACUUUUAUCCUCGUUUCUGCGCGGAGUGCAAUAAAUGUUGUGUCAAUUCAUCAUUUCGGUGAGCACUUCUGUGAAAGUUUAAACAACUGGAUCAAAGUUAAGGUUAAGCAGUUUGUCUUAAGAAUAGAUGGUGCUAAAGGUGUGAAUGUUACAAAAUGAACACGACAACCGUUGUGACUGAGACAAACACAUUACAAUGGCAAGACUACCUUGUGAUCGCCGCGGUUAUGUUGGUCUCCGUCAUCAUAGGAAUUUAUUAUCGAUUCAGCGGUGGUAAACAACGUACAGCGUCGGAGUACUUCUCCGCGGAGAACUCGAUGGGCGCUCUACCCCUCGCGAUAGCCUUGAUGGCUUCCCAUAUAUCGGCAAUUACCAUGCUCGGAAUCAGCGGGGAAUCUUACAUCACCGGCGCGUUCGUCGUGAUAAUGUACGUCUCCGGCGGUUUCGGCAUACCGCUCAUCGUCUAUGGGUAUCUACCAGUGUUUUUCGAGAUGAAGGUCAUAAGCAUCUACGAGUAUCUGGAGAAACGAUUCGGGUUGCAUCUGCGACUGAUGGUGAGCGCUGCCAAUUUUACUGAAACAUUACUACUAGCCGGAGUAAUGUUGUACGCUCCUUCGUUAGCUCUCGAAGCUACCACAGGCCUAUCCAGUACUAUGAGCAUUUUGGUGAUCGCUAUAAUCUGCACCUUCUACUCAACGAUAGGCGGCAUCAAAGCCGUUCUGGUCACCGAUAUUUUCCAAGGCUUUCAUAUGGCCAUUACCCUCUGUACUAUAAUCGGCAUCGCUGCUAACAAUGUUGAUGGUGGACUCGCUAAUAUUUGGCAUAUCGCACAAGAAGGAGGCCGUCUCGAUUUUACUGACUGGAGUUUCGAUCCAACUGUGCGAUACACAUGGUGGAAUCUUUUGAUUGGCGGGAUGGCAAUAGGCCUGUCCUUUUUCGCAGUAAAUCAGGUGCAGGUUCAACGUUUAAUGGCCGUUAGGGACGUGAAGGUGGCCGGGCGCGCUAUGGCGUUGAGUGGUCCUUUUGUCAUACUAUUGGGCGGUCUAACGUGCUUCGCCGGAUUGUCGCUUUACGCGGUCUACAGAGACUGUGACCCGGUGGCGUCUGGGAAAAUCUCAACAUACGACAAGAUAGUGACACACUUCACAGCGGAGAGAAUGGCUCCCGGAGUGAUCGGUCUGAUAGUAUCCGGCAUCUUCAGCGCCAGCCUAAGCACGAUCUCCGCGAUGAUGAACUCGUUGGCCGCGGUAGCGCUGGAGGAUUACGUGAAACCGUUGCAUCGGAAAUUAGGAGUGGACUUUAGUGAAAAGAAGGCCAUCUUCACGGCUAAGAGUCUCACCUUCUUGAAUGGUGUGCUAUGCCUGCUGUUAGCUCUACUGGCGAGGACGAUGGGUGGGUUGGUCGUCGUCGCUUUGAGUUUCGCCGGAGCAAUCGGCGGCCCGAUUCUGGGCAUUUUCACACUUGGGAUGUUCAGCGAGACUGCUAACGAACCGGGAACUUGUAUCGGCCUAAUUACCGCCUUGUGUAUCUGCUUGUGGGCGGUUUUCGGCCAGCCGAAGCCACCUGCGCCGAAGCUACCGGUUUCGAUUGAAGGUUGCAUGAACACCACGGAGUUGAUGAUCGCUCAACAGACAAUGUUUAACAACACAUUAUCGGAGAAGUCGUCAUACUUCUACUUGUAUCGCAUUUCCCAUAUGUGGUAUAAUCCCAUGGGAUUGAUGAUCACUAUAGUAGUUGGAUAUAUAGCGAGCAAUAUAAUACGGCUUAUUCGACCCGGAAAUAAUAUCGAGCACGAUCCAAGUUUGUUCGUGCCAUGUCUGGCUGCCAGGAUCAGACGGCGACGCCAGGACGAGGAGAAAACCACCGGCAGUCAACUGUUCGUCCUGGAACCGAGCCAUAUUAGAUGAGGAGCUUGUAAUUAGAUAAAAUGCAAUUAUUCAAAAGCAGGUACGUAUUACUUCUUCAAAUCGGACGACUCGAUCUAUAAAAUAUCGAUUCAACGUUCGACAUUGUAAAGGCAACUGACUGACUAUUAUUUUAUGCACUCUUGGCUUUUUAUUACAGAAUUAUUGUAAUUACUUGAAUGUUUUUUUAUAUCGUAUAUCAGUAUAUUGUCUGACAUACUAUUUCUAUAGUAAUUAAGUAUAUACUAUAGCAUAUUACUGCAGCUUUAUGGAGUAAUUUAAAUAUAGUUAAAUAUAUAUGUACAAUUUAAGUACAGUCUCAGCUAUACAAAAAU